AUGAGGUUUCAUCAUCACUACACCUGUGCCCUUGUGGCGCUAUGCCUCAUAGGCCUGAUGUCAAGCCUCGCCCUGGCCUACACGCCUGCAGACGUCCUACGGCCCCAGGGCUGCGACGCCAUCGUCUACCCACACGGCCUGCCUUCGCUCUCCGUGGUGAUCACGGCCCUCGACGAAGAUCCGACGCUGCUUGAGAACACGGUGCGUUCGAUCCUCAAGCACACGCCGGGCCACCUGCUGCGCGACAUCGUGAUCGUCGACGACGCCAGUCGCGACCAGCCCGUGCGGCGCUACAUGUCGCGCACCUACUCCAAGGUGCGCGUCGUGUACAACAAGCGCGGGCUGGGCGUGGCCGGCGCGCGCAUGACCGGCGCCGACCGGUCCACGGGCGACGUCGUCGUCUUCCUGGACAGCCACAUGGAGGUGACCGAGCGCUGGGCCGAGCCGUUCCUGCUCCACCUGCAGAACCACCCGGACAGCAUAGUGUCGGCCGUGAUCGAGGGCAUCGACCCGCGCACCCAGAAGUGGGAGUCGAUGCACCCGAGCCUGCACCUGGUGACCCUGCGCGUGCGCGACCUCGAGUUCAAGUGGAGCGGCAGCCCGCCCGAGGCCAACAUCACCGCGGCGCCGAUCGAGACCGCGUCGAUCCUGGGCGCGGCGUUCGGCGUGGCGCGCAAGUGGUGGGAGCAGGUGGGCAAGUACGACCCGGGCCUCGAGAUCUGGGGCGUGGAAAACAUCGAGAUCGCGGCCAAGGCCUGGAUGUGCGGCACCGGCGCCUACGUCAUUCCGUGCACCCGCAUCGGCCACAUCUACUGGGCCAACGACACCCGCACCCGCGGCGCCUAUCGCUUCGAGGACACCACCUUCGUCGCCCGCAACAAGGCGCGGUUCGCCCAGGUGUGGAUGGACUCGUACGGAGACAGCGUGAUGAAGCACCUGUCGGAGAGUUCGGGUCUCAGCGACCACCGCCUGCGACGGCUGCCCGGUCUGGCCUCCCGACACGAGCUGCGGCAGAAGCUCCACUGCAAGUCGUUCCACUGGUAUGUGGAGAAUGUCAUCUAUCGCAUCGCCCGCAAGUGGGGCUUCCCGCUGGUCCCGGAGGAGCAGUCUUAG